AUGUGGGGAAGAAGAUCCAUAGCGGCGACAAGGCGCGCCGGCAUUGCCAUUGCAGUGCGGCCAAAGCCCUUCCGCCCCUCCCCCUCCUUCCUUUCCUCUCUCUCAACUUCUUCAAAUUCUUCCUCCCCUCGUGUGCGUCCUCGAUUAAACCUGAAACCUGCGUCCAGGCUUAAUCUUAUAUCUACUCGUUAUUGCUCCGCUGAGGCUCGCAUGAUGGCCUCUGCUGAUCGAGACAUCUUGCCCGAUGUGGCUAAACCGAUCAACUACCAUGUUUCGCUCUUCGACUUGCAGCUUGGUGGCUCAUGGGGCUACAAGGGUCUGUUGAAGAUCGAUACUAAGAUCACUCGUGCUACAAAUGAAAUUGUUUUGAACGCCAAGGAGAUUGAGGUUCAGGAUGCUGUGGUAUUCGGGAAGGAUGGCUCCGAAUUGGCAAAGACCUCCGAGAUCACCUACGAUAAAACAUCCGAGCGUGUGUCCUUGAAGUUCUCGCAGGAAGUUGCCCCUUCUGAUGUUGUUUUGUCGAUCAACUUUACCGGUACUAUGAACAAUGCCAUGUCGGGUUUCUACCGAUCUAAGUAUACGCCUGUUGGAGAACCUGGUGCCGACACACCCAAGGAUGGUGACUCUUACUACAUGCUGAGCACUCAAUUCGAGUCCUGUGAUGCCAGGAGGGCCUUCCCUUGCUUUGACGAGCCGAACCUCAAGGCUACCUUUGAUUUUGAAGUCGAGAUCCCGAAGGGCCAGACUGCUCUUAGCAACAUGCCUGUUCUUGCUGAGAGAGAAGGCAGCCACUCUGGGCUCAAAUUUGUCACUUUUGAGAAAACACCCGUGAUGAGCACUUACCUGCUCGCUUGGGCUAUUGGUGAUUUUGAAUACGUUGAGGCCAUGACACAGCGCAAGUACCAGGGCAAGAGCAUUCCUGUCCGUGUCUACACCACUCGAGGCCUCAAGGAGCAGGCUCGCUAUGCGCUGGAAUGUGCCCACCAGACAGUUGACUACUUCUCAGAGAUCUUUGAAAUUGAAUAUCCUUUGCCCAAGGCUGAUCUGUUGGCCGUCCAUGAGUUUGCCAUGGGAGCCAUGGAAAACUGGGGAUUGGUUACAUACCGUACCACUGCUGUCCUUUUCGAUGAAGGCAAAUCCGACAAUCGCUAUAAGAACCGCAUUGCCUACGUCGUUGCUCACGAACUGGCGCAUCAGUGGUUCGGUAACCUCGUCACCAUGGACUGGUGGAACGAGCUUUGGCUCAAUGAGGGCUUCGCAACCUGGGUUGGUUGGCUCGCCGUUGAUCACUUCCACCCAGAUUGGAACAUCUGGUCUCAGUUUGUCGCUGAGGGUGUGCAACAAGCAUUUCAUCUUGACUCGCUCCGUGCGUCUCACCCUAUCGAGGUGCCGGUCCGAAACGCUUUGGAGGUGGAUCAGAUUUUCGACCACAUUAGCUAUCUGAAGGGAAGUUCCGUCAUUCGCAUGCUGAGUGUUCACCUUGGCCGUGAGACAUUCCUUCGUGGUGUCGCUGAUUACCUCAAGUCCCACGCAUACGGUAAUGCAACCACCAAUGACCUUUGGUCUGCUUUGAGUAAGGCCUCUGGCCAAGAUGUCCAUGCGUUCAUGGACCCAUGGAUCCGCAAGAUUGGAUUCCCCGUCGUUACUGUGGCCGAAGAACCUGGUCAAAUCAGCAUUCAGCAGAACCGUUUCUUGUCCACUGGGGAUGCGAAGCCAGAGGAGGAUGAGACCACUUGGUGGAUUCCUCUGGGCAUUAAGUCUGGUGAGAAUCUGGCUUCUGUAGACACUCGCGCUCUCACUCAGAAGUCCGACAACGUGUCGGGCGUUGGCGAGGACGGUUUCUACAAGAUCAACAAGGAUCUGGCUGGUUUCUACAGAACUAACUACCCUCCUGCUCGUCUGGAGAAGCUUGGUAAAUCUCUUGCUCUGCUGAGCACCGAGGAUAAGAUUGGCUUGCUGGGAGAUGCUGCUGCUCUUGCCGUCUCCGGUGAAGGCACCACUCCCGCUUUGCUGGCUCUUCUCGAAGGAUUCAAGGGAGAGGAAGACUAUCUUGUCUGGUCCCAGGUUUCUUCAACAUUGGGCAACCUACGUUCUGUGUUCUCUCAAAAUGAAGCCGUCGCUGACGGACUGAAGAAGUUCACUAAGCAGUUGGUUGCGCCAGCUGCGGAACAAAUUGGCUGGGAGUUCAAGGCCAAUGAUGAUUACCUCACUGUUCAGCUCCGUAAGCUCCUGAUUGCUAUGGCUGGCGGUUCUGGUCAUGAAAGCAUUGUUGCGGAGGCAAAGCGACGAUUUGAUCUGUGGGCGACUGGCCAAGACAAGAGCGCCGUUCACACCAAUCUCCGAUCAGCUAUUUUCACCCUCAACGUAUCGGAGGGUGGCCGCAAGGAGUAUGAAGCCGUCAAGGAGGAGUACCUGCGUACCGACUCUGUGGAUGGAAAGGAGAUUUGUCUGGCUGCCAUGGGACGCACCAAGGAUGCGGCUCUUGUGAAGGAUUACCUUGACUUUGUCUUCUCCGACAAGGUGGCUAUCCAGGACAUGCACAGUGGUGCAGUCGCUCUGGCCGCUAACUCCAAGGUUCGACACCUCCUGUGGGAGUACAUUCAGUCCAACUGGACAUUCGUCGAAUCCCGACUGUCUUCCAACAAUGUCGUUUUCGAGCGAUUUGUCCGCAUGGGACUGUCCAAAUUCGCCGAUCACCGUAUUGGUGACGAGAUUGCGGCUUUCUUCCAGACCAAGAAGACUGGAGCUUAUGAGCGUGCGCUUGUCAUCAUCUCGGACAAUAUCCGGACUAAUGCAUCCUACAAGGAACGGGACGAGGCAUUGGUACUGGAAUGGCUCCGGGCCCAUGGCUACGCGUAA